ACGCCUCGCGCUGAUGUGGUUGCCAAGGGGAUGUGCGAACACCGGAAGCAUACUUUCUUUAUACGGAUUAAUAUGAUUGUUUCUGUGUAGUAUUUCAUUUUGCAUUUUUAUUACGUGGCACCUCAAAAUGAAAACGAAACUAUAAACCGUCCGCGACUUCACUUUUCUAGCACCAUGACUGCAGCUGCUCUGAAGAUUGGAGAUCAGUUGAUCCUUGAGGAGGAAUAUGAUGAAAACUAUAUCCCUUCCGAACAAGAGAUUCAUGAGUAUGCACGAGAAAUUGGAAUCGAUCCUGUUAAGGAACCAGAGUUGCUUUGGUUGGCGAGAGAGGGGAUUGUGGCCCCUUUACCUCCGGAGUGGAAACCAUGCCAGGAUGUCACUGGAGACGUGUACUACUUCAAUUUCUCCUCCGGACAGUCCGCCUGGGACCACCCGUGUGAUGAGCAGUACCGCCAGCUAGUGCUGCAGGAGCGCGAGCGGGCCCAGCCGCGCACGUCCAAGACAGCAGUUACAUCUGGUGGGAAAAAAGAGAAGAAGAAGAAGAAAGACAAGGAGGAGAAGAAGAAAGACAAGGAGGAGAAGAAGAAAGGGAAAAAGAAGGAACAGGAACUCAACCCUCCAGGGGUUAGUUUGGGUGGCAUGCUCCUCAGCUCUGGUCUUGGGUCCUUGCCAGCGCCUCUGAGUUCCCUGGCACCUCUGCGGGGUUUUGGAGCUGACACGUCCAUUCCGCCUCUUCGUGGGUCCCUCCUCUCUUCAGAUGGUCUGGAACCCCUGAAGACUUCUCUUGGGGGCCCUUUGUCCAGUUUAGGGUCUAGUGUGUUGGAAGGGAAGCAACUGGAGCAGAUAUCCCGUCUCAGCCCUGGCUUUAAGGAGGAGGAGAAGUCCUCAGACAGGGAGAGACCUUCAGGCCAGAGCCCACUGAUGCGCAAUCUGCAUUUUGAUUUGGAUGCCCUGGGGAAAAGCUUUCAGUAUGAGGACAGCGAGGCUAGUCUCAGUGCUCCUCCUGAAGAGCUGACUGAACCAGAGCUACAAGAUCUAGUAAGGGACCACAGCCCAGAGCCUGGCUCUCAGGACCUCACAACUGGCCCACAUAUUAGCACACCUGCACAGAGAGAUAGCAGGGAUCACAGCAGUAGAGAUCAUGGAGACGGGCAAGAGAAGGUUGAGGAUGAGGAGGAGGAGAUCCCAGAGGAAGAACAAGCUGGUGAAGAGUUCAUGAGUCAUGAGGAAGAGGAGGAGUGUAAAGAAGAUGACCAGGAAAGCCUGAUGAGUCAUGGGGAGAACUGUGAGGAGAAAAGGGGAGAGGAGAAUAAUAGUGACAUGUUGAAGAGAGCUCAGGAAAGUGUGGAAGAACCUAAAGGAGUUGAGGAAGAGAGCGACGAAGUAGUUGCUAUAUAUUCCAGAGGGAAACAUGACAGCAGUAAAGGCCUUGAGAGAUAUUAUCUAAGUAUAGAAGGAGAGAGCAAGAGAGAAGAGGAAUUUGACAGUGAGAUGAUAGAGAAGUGUAUCACCAGCGAAGUUGAGAGGGCUGCUGUUUUUGCAGAGAGGAGUGAGGUAAAACAGCGAUCCAGUGACACUGAACAAGCAAAUGGAAAGGACAGUGGACCUAGUGAAGAAGUUGUUGAGGUAUUUGAAGGUAAUGAAGAAGUUGUUCAAAAUGAUGACUCUGGGCAUCACAAAAGUGAGAGUGCACUAGAAGAUGCUGAAGAAGUGAUGGAUGCAGUUGAGAGAAGUGAAACCCCGAAAGCAGCAGAGGAGAGUGAGGAUAAUAUCAGUUUAAGGGACUGUUCACAGGGUGAAGGCGGCACGAGGGAGACAACAGAAAAGCAGAGUGCUGAGUUAUGUGAAGAGGUUUAUGAUGAAGAGGAUUUUGAGACCGACAUGAAACCGGACGUUGGUAGUGUGGAUGGUGAGGAAGACGACAGUGACAUCCUGGAGAGAUGUGUCAUAAGCGACAGAAACAUUUCAAGGGGAGAAAAGAGUGGUGAGGAGAGUGAUAUUCUGGAGAGGUGUGUUUCAGAGAACAUCUCACAGAAAGGUGAAAGUGAGCAGGUUGUUUUGAAAGGCAAAGACAAAAAGGUAUUAGAAAGUGAUGAUUGUGUUGAGGAGGAGGAGGAGGAGGAGGUAAAGGAGGAAGAGGAAGACAUUAUGGAGAUGUCUGUAGAAUAUGAAGAUGAGGAGGAGGAAGAGGAGAGUGAGAAAAAAAAAGUAAUCGAAAAGUAUGUAGAAAAACAGGAAAUGAGCUUAAGUGAGAAGGAAUUAAGUGGGACAGAGGAGGUGGAUACGAUGCAUAGAUUUGUACAAAGCUCAGAGGAAGCUAAAGUCAUUGAACAGGAAGAGGAAAGUGAGGUUGUGGAAAUAGAACGGGGCCAGGUAAAAGACGAAGAAGAAGAGGAAGAAAAGGACAGCAUUGGAGAAAAUGUUAAAGAAAGUGAAGAGGAUGAUGUAAUAAAGGAUACAGAACAGGGCAUCGCACCAGAAGAGCAGUGUGUUAAAACAGAACCCAAGGAGUCAGAUAGUGAUGAGGAGAUAUUAGAGAUUUGUGUUAAAAGAGAGCAAGAAGAAGAUGGUGAUUGUAGUGAACAAGGGAAAGAUAGCCAAGGCAAAGAAAGCCUCCUCAAAGAAAGUGAGAGGCUCAUAAGUGGCAAACCCCUAGGGAAGGGUAGGGCAACCCCCAAAAGCCCUGCACUUACACCCAGGGACGAAGACUCAGAGAAAAGCCAUGCAUCUGUGAGCAAAGAAGAAGCUGUUGAGGUCCUCUGUGAGGGAGAAGAAAGAGCCAGAUCAGUGGUUGGAGGUGGACAGAGAGAAAUCCCGUUCAUGUCGCUUCCGCGGAUGGAACGCAUGGGGAAAUUGCUUACGGUGCAGCGCACUAUUUUGCCCUGUGAGGAUACAGCAGCCAGUGGCAAAAAACGCAAAACCUUAUCACCCACUGAUGAUGUCAAGAGAGAAAAGAAUGAGGAUGACGAGAGCAGGGAGACCAAAGGGAGAGAACAAAGAGCAGACCAGAGAGAAAGGGGGGAAUUCACAGAGAGGUAUCUACUUGGUUUAGAUGGAGACAGCUUCCUGGCUGAGCAGAGGCUGCAGUUGUGUGCCAGUUCUCCAGACGUGUCCCAGGCCUCCUCAACUCACAUGAAACACAGCACUUUAGGAGAGGAGGGCCGAAGCUCCGGGAUGAGAAAGCUGGGUGCCUCUCCAGUGGCAGCGCCCAGGAGAGGACUGGUGCGGAGCUCCCACGCCUCAUCAGACGAGGACCAACACGAGGAGCAGAAUGAAGCAGACAUGCAGAAGAGCAGAGGGUCGGUAGAUGAAAGGAUGAGCAGAAAGGGGGAGAGACAAAAAUCAGAGGAAGAGGAACAAAGUAAAGAACAGGAAGAGGAAGAAGAAGAUGAGGAGUUAGAGGUUGAGUUGGAAGGGGAUGAGGAGGAUGAGGAGUGGGAAGUGAUGGAAGAUGAAGAGGAGGAGGUGGAGCUAAAGAUUCCAGAGAAAAAACUGGGGGAGGAGAGAAAAGGGAUGGUGAAGGUAGGGGAAGUGAAGUUGAAAAAGAUGGAAGUUGAUAUAAUGAAACAGAGAACAGACAUUUUAAAAGAAAAAGAAAAGUUAAAAACAAGAGAAGAGGAGUUGAAUAGUGAGAUAGAGGAGACAAGCGCUCAGGUAGCAGAGCAAACAAGGCAGAGGGUCGAAAGGACGAAACUUGUAGAGGACAUCACUUAUGGAAGACCGUGGAGUUACCAAGACAAGCAGAGGUUAACGUUUCUCAAAGAGGAUGCAAGGCAAAUCGAUGAAGAAGAGGAGGAACGCCGACAGAAAGAGGAGGAACGGCGACAGAAAGAGGAGGAACGCCGACUGAAAGAGGAGGAACGCCGACUGAAAGAGGAGGAACGACGACUGAAGGAGGAGAACGAGGCCAACCUCAGAGCCCUGAGGCUGCAGCUGGACUCGAGCAGGAGAGAAGAGGAGGCCAGGCUGAGAGCUGAGUCGGCCCAGCAGCUCCAGCAGCUCAGGGAGAGCGCUCAGAGGGAGAGAGAAAUCCAGCAGCGUCUGCUCAUAGAGGAGAAUGAGGCCAAGCUGAGAGAGCUGCAGAGGGCUCUGGAGGAGGAGAGGAGAGCAGAGCGUGAACGUCUGGAGGCCCAGAAGAGGCGGGAGCUCCAGCGACUGCAGGAGGAGUCGGAGCUGGAGCUCAUGCAGGAGAAGAGGCUGCUACAGAAGAAGAACGAGGAGGCUCUGGCCUCGCUGAAGCUGGAGGUGAAGACCGACGAGAUGCUAAGGGAGGUACCAAGCAGCUCAAAGCAACAGUUGACAGAGUAUCGGACCGAGCUUGGAGACGUACUGCUGGAGAUCAGGGAUGAGCUUCAGCGGGACCACAACCGGAAGGUGGAGCAGUUCAAAGAGGAGCAGCGUCAGAAGCUGGAGGACAUCAGGCUGGAGCAUGUGGAGCAGGAGAGCAGUCAGAGGGAGCAUUUGCGGACCACCCUGCAAGGAGAGAGGGAUCGUCUGUUGUCCUCACACAACCUGCAACUCGAGCAACUCAAAACCCAGCUGGAUAAGCAGGUCCAGAGGACACGUCAAGCGUACUCCAAGAAGGAGGAAGAGAUUAAGGAACUAGAGCUACAACUGGACAUACGUGCCAAAGAUCUGAAGACUCAGGAAGCCAUGCUCUUUAGUCAGACAUCAGAGAUCCAAAAGAGAAGACACCAACUAGGACUCAAAGAAAAUGAGAUCGAGGGGCUUCAUGAGGAUCUUGAGAAAGUGACACUUGAGAGGGACCGUGCCAGAGAGGAGGCCCAGCUGGAGAGGCAGGAGAAGGAGCGCCUGAAGGAGGAGAACCAGGCCAUGAAGGCCGAGCGGGAGAAGCUGGAGAAGAAGCUGGAACUGCUGCAGGAGCGUUGUGACCAGCUGAGCCGCCGUGUCCGCGACCUGGAGCAGACAGAGAAGAGAGUCUCUUCCUCCAGGUCAGAACAAAGGCAAACAAAGGUCAACACCAAGGGUAAAGAAACGAGAAAGAAGGACCGGGAGUCUUCCUCACUUCCCAGUGAUGAGCAGUCGUUACACGUGGAGGACCUGGAGCCCCCGAAGGCAUCCUCCACCCCUCCACUCCCCAAAAGCAGCGAGAGUAUGGAGGGUCUGAGGUACUACAUAUCGUCAGAAGGCAUGUCGCUGCAGAGGGCCCGGAACUUUCUGGAGCAGCAGAGCGGUAGCUUGAGUGAGAGGCAGGCAGUCCUGAUGGCUGCCCGCUCGAGCUGUUUCCAAGGCCCCGUCAGAGAGGGGGCCAACCAGGAGCUGCUAAAGAACCUCCAGCAGGAGGCGAAUCAUCUCGAGCAGCUGAGGGCUACUGUGCAGAAGGGACAGAGUCUUCUAGAGAAGAAAGCAGAGAGACUCACCCACUUGGAGAGCUCAUUGGUGGAUGAGUUUUCAUACAAUGACACGUACAGACAUGAUGUGGAUAGGAAAGUCACAUUUGUUGUCACAGACUCAGACAUGAGCAGUGUCGAUGGCCAUGAAGGGACAGAUGUCCAUCCAACUGUCCCAGCCAAAGUGCAGCAUUUAGCUGACUCCCUGCAGCACAUCUCUGAGCAGCUCAACACGGUCCUAGAGGCUCUGGGUUCUCUAUCUCAAAAGAAAGCUCCACUCUUACCGAAUGUUCAGGCCUCCUACCAACCCCUAUCAGUGCCUUUAUCUCAGGAACAGGCCCUCUCCUCUGGCCUGCUGUCUGCAUCCAGAUGGCCUUGGGCCUCUGCCAUGACUGGCACCAGUAACCUAGGCAGGGCUGGCAACAGCUUCAUUUUCCAGAAGGAACGUGAGGAUUCAGUUGCCUCCAACAAAUUAUCUUCUGGUAAGUUGGGGCUUCCCAUGAACGUCCGUGGAGGUUAUUCAAUGAUAGGCAAUUACAACCUCUCAGGGUUUCCUACAGCAAGUGAGCAGGUGCAGAGUAUGUUGUCUACAAAGUCCACAGAGAUGGAUGACCAGCAGUUGCAAAGCCUGAUUGAGUGCAACAAGAGAUGGCUUGAAACACGCAGGAAAGAUCCUGGCAUACCCUUGUUUACCCGUUAUAGGCCUCCGUCCUCCCUCGGUGGACUCGUCCAACUGGGUCUGGAUGAGAGUAAUCAGAUAAAGGUCUACCACUACUGAGGAACCACUCUGCGUUGUUCUGAUAUCAUCUGUGUGCAUGUACAAGAGACUGUGUGGGAACAAAACAAAAAUUCCAUUCCAGUUGUUUCUGAAUUUGUUGUUUUUUGUGGUGAGAAACUGAAUCAUGCAAAGCAUUGGUACAUUUUGAGCCUGUUGACACCAACAAGAUGACCAUUUCACGCUUAUUUCUGUAAUUGUACUGGGCCAACAUUUGAAGAGGUCCUAAAUGCAUAUCAAUUUAAGAUUUAAAUCUGGGUAAGGUAACUGCAGGAAGUCAGUCCUAUCCGCUCUAUAGUAAUCACUGGGACAUUUUUCCAGAGCACUCUACAAGGCCUUUUAAUGAACACCUCCUUAAUGUCUGUAUUGGCUCUGUACUCUAGAUAUAAAUGCCAUGUACGUUUGUAAAGUAGUUUUGUAAAAUACAUUAAUAAAAUGUAUAUUUGUAGUGUC